AUGAAAAAGGCCAGCGGAGUGAGAUAUGGUAUUUUGGGGACACCCGUUACCCAGAUGACCUUCCUACUGCUAGGAGCGUUGAUGAAAACUGUUAAAGCAGAGGUUGGCAAGGCUGAGGGUAUUACUGUAGAUCAGAAUGCCGUUAAAAUGCCUACGAACGAGAUCAUAUUCCUUAUACUUGUUAUACUCGCUCUCGUAUGCUUCAUUAGUGCUUGCGUUGUAAACACAACGCAGGGGCAGGGCAGCGAUGCAAUCAUUGCGUUGGUAUCAAUCGCGUGCUUUUUGAUGGCUGCAUCGUUCUUCCAGGCCUUCAGACUGGGCUAUAUGAAACACCCUCUUACUGCCGGGCAUAUCACUUUCAUGGUCCUUGCAGCAUUGAUGUUGUUUACCUUUCUCGGUCUUAUGGCGACUUAUAGUGUAAUCGGAGACAGCAAUGCUGAGUCUGCGCUUAGGUUUGUUAUAAUUACUGCUAUUAUCAUGGUCCUUCUCAUCUCAUCCAUGAUUUGCGGGUAUUGGGUCUCUCUAUUUAGUAGACCUUUCUGCACUUGCCAGAUUAUCUGUAUUGUCGCGGGUAUCUUGGCGUUAUUAUGUAUGGGAGGCAUAAUUGGCGUAUUGGUACCCAUUUAUAACUCAGGAGGAAGUGGUUAUGCCGUUGUAGGACAAACAUCAACUGGAACGGCUGCACUUCAGCAAAUAAUCAAGGUAUGCUAUCCUCUAUUAACUGGCUUCCUCCUUACUGGCUAUUACCACACCCUUCUAGAAUUGCCAUACAAUGAAUGCGAGAUCAUAUGUCUAUUGCUCAUUUCAAUGGUAAUUUCAUGUUUACUCAGCGUGUUAGUCGAAAACAAUGGCUACGUAGAUGCUACAAAACUAUAUACAAUCAUAACUGCAGAUUUUGUCCUUACGAUAAUACUACUGUCGCUACUGUACUAUUAUCAGCCGUUCUCAAAGUAUUGCAACCCUGAUGCCAUCGCCCUUGUGAUCCUCGGUAUUGUGAUGUUCUUAUGCUUCGUCAUAAUUACAUCGUUUGCAAGCAACAUCUAUGGAGAAGAACACAUAAACCCAUGCAUAGCCGUUUGUGUCGUCCUUAUCCUUGCCCUCAUACCUUUCCUCUACUGCGCAUACCGCUUACGUAUUAAUGAACAUGCAAUCGCGUUCUUUCAGGGCAGAUUCAAAAGUGGUCCGACAGCUGACAAGACGAAUUCUAACAAUUUAUUUGGUGACGGUGGUCAAUAA